GCAACCUACAUCGCCACCGAAAUGAGGCACGCCCACAACGCCAUGCUCCGCGGCCUGAACAGCAUCUACCACCAAGCCCCGCACCUCACUUCGCCAAACGACAUCACCGACUUUCUCUUCUUCGUGAGGUCCUGGGCGGAAUGGGUCUCCCAUCACCAUGUCAUCGAGGAGGAGAGGAUGUUUCCUGGUUUUGAGCGGGUCAUUGGGAGAGAGGGGUAUUUGGGGGGGGAGGUGGAGGAACAUCAUGGGUUUCAGCCACUGUUAAGCAAACUACUUGAGUAUGGGAAGGGAACGAAGGCGGGGGAGUAUAAUCCUGGUGUUUUGAAAAAGAUGAUUGAGGAUUUGGCGGGGCCGUUUCGGGAGCAUUUGGCUGGUGAGAUUGAGACCUUACUCAGGAUGGAGGGAUAUGGGGAUGGGGAUAAGCUGUUGGAGGUGUAUAAGGAGUGUGAGGCUGAAGCGGGGACGCAGGAUAAGAAUGUGGUUCCGCCGAUGGUACUAGGUUUGAGGGAUGUUACGUUUGAAGGGGGGAAUAACUGGCCGGCGAUGCCGCCCCUGUCGGCGUGGUUUGUGCAUUAUAUUUUUGCCCGGAAGCAUGCGGGCGCGUGGCGGUUUUUGCCGUGUGAUACGUGGGGGAGGCCUAGGCAGUUGGCCUUCGGGAAG